UUUGUAUUUCAGGUUUUAAAGAUGUAUUCAUGGGAGACGUCUUUCAUCAGUAAAAUAGAGGCUAUACGCUCGGCGGAAGUGAAUAAAUUAUGGAAAUAUGCCUGGUUAUCAGCAAUCUCAGUGGUUCUCUCCAUGCAUACACCUGUUGUGAUAAUGUUCAUUUUAAUAGCUCUUCAUGUGACUACUUCACCGACACAUUUGCUGGAACCACGUCAAACUUUCACAGCUGUUACUAUAGUGAACAUACUUAGGUUCUCAAUCUCUUUAUUUCCCAUAAUGGUGAACGGUCUAGUUCAGGCAUAUGUGUCAGUCGGUAGAAUUCAGUCAUUUUUGCGAACUCCAGAUAUAGAUGAGAAAAAUGUAUUAGAUGUAAAGCAUUCAGAAUACGCUAUUUCUAUAGAAGAUGGAGAAUUCGCCUGGAAGGAAGACCAGGCUCAAACGACACUGAAAGACAUCAACUUGCAAGUAAAAGAGGGUGAAUUGCUAGCUGUGGUAGGACAGGUUGGAAGUGGGAAGUCAUCACUUAUCUCUGCCAUUCUUGGUGAAAUGGAGCGUAUCCAUGGAAAUGUGAAAGUAAAGGGAGCUGUCGCAUACGUACCACAAGUAGCAUGGAUACAAAACAUGAAGCUUAAGGAUAAUAUCCUCUUCGGAAAAGAAUAUAGACAAAAUAAAUACCUCAAAGUAAUUGACGCAUGCGCACUUAUCCCUGAUCUAAAAAUACUACCGGGAGGAGAUGAAACUGAAAUAGGCGAAAGGGGAAUUAAUGUAAGUGGUGGUCAGAAACAGCGUAUCAGUCUCGCUAGGGCAGUUUACAACAAUGCAGAUAUCUAUCUCCUUGACGAUCCAUUGAGCGCUGUAGAUUCUCACGUUGGCAAGGAUCUUUUCAACAAUGUGAUUAGCAAUACUGGCUUGUUAAAAAACAAGACACGAGUACUUGUUACGCAUGGACUACAUUGGCUUCCUAUGGUAGAUAGAAUUGUUGUACUGGUGGAUGGACGCAUAUCAGAGAUUGGAUCAUACACUGAUCUGAUAAGCCAUGAUGGUCCAUUUGCACAGUAUGUACAUCAGUUUCUGCAAGAGGAAUACGAGAACGAUGAUAAUGAUCCAGAAUUUGAAGAAGUUAUUGAAAGGAUGAGGCAUAAACUAGAUGGGCUCAAGUCAGAUGGUGGACUAGUGACCACGGAUGAUGAUUUUCAAAGUUCUAUAAACUGUGAACGCUGUCGGAAUAGAAAAAGAGCAGUUCAAAAGAAGGAAGAUUCUGAACAGUUGUCUCGGACAAUCGCGAAGUCAGUGAUUAUGACACGGCUUACCAAAGAUGAAACAUCAGAAGAAGGCGCUAUAAAGCCGUCCGUUUUCUUGAAUUUUAUUAAAGCGAUUGGAAUUGGGCCAUUUGUAGUGUUCCUCGUGUGUAUUGGUCUAUACCAGGGUCUCAACAUGUUCUCAAAUAUAUGGUUGUCCAUUUGGACAAAGCAGAAUGUAAUGGAUGUUGACACGCUAAAUCAUACAGAUGUUGUCGGUCAAGAGGCGCCAGGAAACAACUAUAUUUUCUAUCUUAUGAUAUAUUUAGGACUUGGUGUUUUUCAAGGUGUAUUUCUUUACACUGCUUUCUACUUGAUACUUACGAGAAUGGCAGCAGCAGCCGGAAAAUUGCAUAACAAGAUGUUAGAGAGUAUUCUACAGUCGCCAUCUUCAUUCUUUGACACGACACCUACCGGACGAAUUAUAAAUAGAUUUUCAAGUGAUGUUGAUAUAAUGGAUAGCAAGCUCCCAUUAAACUUUAGGAUAUUUUCAUUAAAUGCCUUCUCUGUUUUGGCAAUUCUUAUAGUUGUCAGUAUUUUAACCCCCAUGUUCCUGAUCAAUAUCUUUCUGGCCGGAAUUAUCUAUGCAUUGCUUGUGAGGUACUUUCUACCAACAGUCCGUCUAUUGCGGAGACUCGAGACGGUUAGACGGUCUCCUAUAUAUAAUCAUUUUAGUGAAACGCUCACCGGGGCAAGCGUAAUAAGAGCAUAUAAAUGUGGACAAAGAUUUGCGGAAGAAUUUAGAAAAAGACUGGACGAGAACAGCACAUUUUACUACGCAUCAUUUAUAUGUACAAGGUGGAUUGGAAUACGUGUUGAAACAAUCAGUAAUAUUGUUAUACUAGUAACUAACAUAGUUACAAUUGCGUCUGGUCUUAGCGGGUCGGAGGUUGGACUAUCUAUAUCGUACGCUAUAAUGAUUACCAUCACAAUAAAUGUUGCUGUGUUUUCUGUAAGUGAGUUAUUAAUGGACACAGUGUCAGUUGAACGAGUUGCAGAUUACACAAAUUUGCCAGCCGAGGAAAGUAUUGCGUGUUCAUUGAAGUAUCGACCUAUUGGUUGGCCGCAAACCGGGAGGAUCGACUUCUAUAAUUACAUGACUCGGUACCGAGCUGGACUUGACUUAGUGCUGAAGGGAAUAACACUAACGAUCAACACUGGUGAAAGGGUGGGUGUGGUUGGACGGACCGGGGCUGGUAAAUCCUCGUUGACUUUGAGCUUGUUCCGAAUGUUGGAGGCAACUAACGGUUCUAUUUUCAUAGAUGGCGAAGACAUAUCUAAAUUACACUUAAAUGUGUUGAGGACUAACUUGACAAUUUUGCCACAGGACCCUGUUUUGUUCUCCGGCUCACUUCGAUUUAACCUUGACCCCUUUGGCUGUUUCAAUGAUAAAGAUAUGUGGACGGCUAUAGAAUGUGCACAUCUGAAGCAAUAUGUCGACGGACUAGACAGUGGCCUAGAUUAUGAAUGUGGGGAAGGAGGUCAAAAUCUUAGCAUAGGACAGAGACAACUGGUAUGCCUGGCACGUACACUGUUACAUAAAACACGGAUUUUGAUACUGGAUGAAGCGACAGCUGCAGUUGACAUCGAAACAGAUGAACUUAUACAAGAGACAAUUCGCAAACAAUUUAAGGAAUGCACUGUCUUGACAAUAGCUCACCGACUUCAUACUGUGAUGGACUAUGAUAGAGUUGUUGUCAUGGAAGGUGGCUGCAUAAAAGAGGUUGACGCUCCACAAGCUCUGUUACAGAAUCCAAACACAAUAUUUUACGGAAUGGCAAAAGACGCCGGGCUUGUUUGAACAGAUAUUGCGUUUUCAAAAUAUGAAAAGUUGAAUUAUUAAAACAGGCAUUAUACGAAAUCUUGUUUUAUAUUAGAAGGGAGACAACCCUGCCAUGUCAUUAUGUACAUAUUUAUACUAGUUAUCCUCCUUUACAAGUAAGGUAAAGUUUUUAAGAUUUUGUUUUGAGUUAAUUUCCAUCAUAAAAUUUUAGUUUAAAAACUUAAGUGUAGUUAAAUUAUUGAACAUGUACAGUAUCUAAUUAUUUUUCAAGAAAAGUGUAAACAUUUGAUGUUAUGGUUAGAAAAAGUCAUGAUAUUU